AAUUUAAAUGCGAUCAAGUUUCGCGCUGUAGGUGUAGCUAAAUUUUGUCCGCUACUGUACGCUUGUAAUCAAGAACUUGUUGUACAGUCAGCUGCUUGCGUCGAUCGGCAUCGGUGGGAGGUUGUUUAUAUCGUCCCGUUCUGUGAGAUCACCCAAGGUGCUUUUUUCCCUCGAGAACACCAUUUUGCCACAACAAAAGCUGCAGCAGUUUGCGACAGAAAACGACGGCUUCGGAAGGGACGGACAAGAUGACCGCUACGCUAUGGGUCGUGCUUAUCUUGGGGCUAUCAACGAUCCAGUGUGGGGCCGCUACGUACGAGUAUCAGACUAAGACGAUCGACGUCCCAAUCGAUCAUUUUACGUUCACCAGCGAAGCUACCUUUAAGCUGCGCUACCUGAUCAACGAUACGUACGCCCAAAACGAUACCACCAGUCCGAUUCUGUUCUACGCCGGCAAUGAAGGUGACAUCGAGCUGUUCGCACAAAACACCGGCUUCAUGUGGGAGCUGGCCCCGAAGCUGAAGGCAUCGCUGCUCUUCGUAGAGCAUCGCUUCUACGGCCACUCGAUGCCAUUCGCUAAUGCAUCGUUCGAGUCGCCGAAAAAUCUGGGCUACCUUACAUCCGAGCAAGCGCUGGCCGAUUUUGCACUGGUGCUCCGUACGCUUAAUCCCCCGAGCGAUACGAAACGAUCCCGACCGGUCAUCGCUUUCGGCGGAUCGUACGGUGGUAUGCUCGCGGCCUGGAUUCGCAUCAAGUAUCCGCAUCUGGUGGCUGGGGCAAUCGCAGCGUCCGCACCCAUCCGACAGUUCCAGGGCGUGACACAAUGUGGGAUUUUCAAUCAAAUUCUUACCUCCGUCUAUCAGGUGGCGUACAAUGCGGAGUGCGUUCACAACAUACGCCGAUCGUGGACCACCCUGCAGAACUAUUCGACCAGUGCAGAUGGAUUGAGGGUGUUGAACGAAAAGUUUAAAUUCUGCACCAAUCUUACCAAAGCAACGGACGUGACGGAGACGUUUUUCGACUAUCUGACCGAUGUGUACGGAAAUCUGGCAAUGAUCAACUAUCCGUACGAAUCGAACUUCCUGGCCCCGGUACCGGCCUAUCCAGUGCGAGAGUUUUGUGGCCGGCUGGACAAAAACUAUACCGGCGUCGAGCUGCUGGAUCAUUUGCAGUCCGCCCUUUCGAUUUACUACAAUUACGAUGGGAAGGCGUCCUGUCUCAAUAUCAACUCUUCGUACGACGGGAGUGGGAUCGGUGAUAGUGGCUGGGACUUCCAGGCCUGCACCGAGAUGGUAAUGCCGAUGUGUGCGGACGGUGUGCACGAUAUGUUUCCGGCACAGCCCUGGAACCUGCAGAGCUACUCGGACAAAUGCUUCAAGAAGUAUGGCGUACAUCCGCGCCCGGCCAACGCACUCGUGAACUACGGUGGAGAGUUUCUCGACGCCAGCAUCACAAACAUCGUCUUCAGCAACGGGCUGAUGGAUCCGUGGUCCGGUGGUGGUGUGCUGCGUUCGUCCAACAGUAACAUCAAGAUUGUGCUCAUUCCCGAAGGUGCCCACCAUAUCGAUCUGCGCGCAUCGAACGCAAAUGAUCCGGGUUCGGUAACGCUGGCGCGUACCGUACACGUUCAAAACAUACAGAAAUGGCUGACCGAAUACCGAAAGCAGCAUAAGGUGUACUAGAACAAUAUGUACAUGUUGAUUACCCGAACAAAACGGAGCAGGAGGGGGGGAGGGCUUCUUUUAUCACUUCCUAUUAAAUAAUCUUGGACCCGUAGAGAGGCGACUGUUUCACAAAGUCAUCCAACUUUGCCUUAAAGAUGUCCGACGUGACGGGUGUCCCGAUGGUCCACAGCGGAUUUCGAACGACAUACUCAACCCAUAUCUGUUAAUCCAUUCCCGGUGGAAAAAACAAUGUAGAAAGAAACACAUAUAUUAAUAAAGCAAUCGGGAAUGAAUUGUUUUUUACUAUACAAA